UGGUGCGCUUCAUUAAGGAGCACGGCGCCGCUCUCCAUAUCUUUCAGGGGGAGAGCAGUUAGAUGGGCCUCAUCUAUCCUUGCGAGACACAUUUCACAUCCGUGUUCGCGAUGGUGGAGCGUUUGCUGGCAGUGAGAUCAGCUUUGGAGAGGACGGUGGAUGGCGAUACUUGGGGUAUGGUCCCUUGGGACCAUUCCGUUCGUCAGUUGGCUAGGUGGGUCAGACAGCAGGCUCGAUGCGCUCACAUGCUGGAGCCAGCGCACGCCGCUGCUCACCUUCUUUCUCCCAGCCGGCGGGACUUGCGGUACUUCGAGGGCGUGGUCAGCGACUACGAUGCGAGCUUGGUGAGGGAGGCGGAGACUUACAUCUUGUCGCAGACAGGGUUCAGUGUGGCGAGCCGCGACUACGAGACCGCAUGUGCACAGUUGCACGACUUCCACACACRGAGGGGGACGAUUGCUUGGGGGGGGAGAGAUGGAGAUAGAGAUGCACAGAGGUGCAGGGGCGAUGCGGAGACGUACGAGUCCGGGUGUUGGUGGUCGAGGUACGGGCAGUGCGCCCCGCAGUUGCAGGUUAUCGCUCUUCGUGUGAUGUACAUGUGGACGUGGUCCUCUCCUGUGGAGAGGAAUUGGGCCGUCYACGAGGGUGUACAGACGAAGAASCGUAACCGGCUUGAGUUCGAGAAGGUCACGAAGUUGGUUGAGAUCUCAGCCAACGUCCGCCUUCUCUCUCAUCAGCGGGCAGGCCGCGGGUUCGCGCUACCGUGGACUCUAGAUAAGUCGUUGUUGGACGUGGAGGGAGGUAUCGGGAUUCGCCCCUCGUGGAAGGCGACGGACGAGAGCAGGACGCGGGACGAGGUCGAGGAUCAGAGACGUUCAUGGCAGCGAGACCCAUGUGGGUCCAGAGCUCCUCCGUGUGAUGUGGGCGAUGUUUUUGGGACUCGAGCCGCCACAUUGCACCCGUACCCUCGAGACGACAGUGAUUCCGAGGGUCACGAGGACGAGGACGAGCCGGCGGGCCCCGCUAGCGCCACUCCUGCGGCGGAUGAGCGUGAUGAGUGGAGCGACCCAGAGGACGUCCGUACACGGAGUGGCGGAGAUGACCUUUUCAUUCGAGUUGAUUUGGAGGAGGAGUCUAGGGGUCGUCAUGGGAGCCCUUUGGAGCGUCCGAGGCCUACGUCCAGUGCCCCACUUCCCGCUGAGCGGGAAACAAAUCCUGGGUCUGCACCUUCGAGGGGGGCAGGGUCGGGGAUUGGCCAUCAUCCUCUGGGUCGCUCUGGCACGGCUUCAUCCUCCGCUCUUCCCACUUCGACGGAGCAGCUUCAUGGACAGUCAGUCGGUGCAGAUCGAUUGCAGAGAUUGGUGAGGGGCCCGAGACAGCGAUUGGAGGACAGAUUGGAGGGCGGUCCUAUACCGGUGCAGGGUGACGACGAAGAUAGACAGGGGUUGGUUGGUGGAGAUGGUGGUGCGCUGGCCGGAGGUGGAGGCGGUGCCGAGCUUGAUGCGGCGGUUAAGGGGAUACCGAUGGGCGGCAGUGGCGGUUUCAGUGAGUUUGGCGAUAUGGGUAUGCCCCCGGGAGAGAGCGUGGGUCUGGCCCGAGGAGAGAGCGAGUCCCGUGGGGACAUCAGUGUGGGUAUGCAGGACUUACUGGGACAGAUCGGCUUUGCGGACCCGAGUAGUUUCUCCCCUGCCAUGCGCGCAGAGGUGAUGAUGGGGACAGAGGGGGAUGAGGACCGGACACCCCCGGGAGAGACAUCUGCAGAGAGGCUGGAUAGGCUUGAUAGUCGUCGAGCGUGCCUCAUGGCACAGAGG